CCUCCCCAGCGUCGGCUCCCGGGCGGGCGGUGCGGGCCCUCCCACUCUACCCCGCGCCGUCUCACGGCCCCGGCCCUAGCUUCACCUCGACUACCCUGCGUGCGCGUCCUCCUGCCGGCCUGCAGGCCCGGGGCCUCCGCCUGCUUCCCCACAGCUGCUCUUUGCGGCCCCGCUCGCGUUCACGCUGUCGCCCGGGCCGGCGCGGCCGCGGGCAACCGCUCCCCCUCCCACACCUACCCCGCCCCCUCCCCGCCUUUUCCGCCCUCCGGUCCCCCUCCCUCGGCCCGCUGCUGCUGCUCCAGAUGAGGUGAUGGCAACGGCCAACUUCGGCAAGAUCCAGAUCGGGAUUUACGUGGAGAUCAAGCGCAGCGAUGGCCGAAUACAUCAAGCAAUGGUAACAUCUUUAAAUGAAGAUAAUGAAAGUGUAACUGUUGAAUGGAUAGAAAAUGGAGAUACAAAAGGCAAAGAGAUUGACCUGGAGAGCAUCUUUUCACUUAACCCUGACCUUGUUCCUGAUGAAGAAAUUGAACCCAGUCCAGAAACACCUCCACCUCCAGCAUCCUCAGCCAAAGUAAACAAAAUUGUAAAGAAUCGACGGACUGUGGCUUCUAUUAAGAAUGACCCUCCUCCAAGAGAUAAUAGAGUGGUUGGUUCAGCACGUGCACGGCCCAGUCAAUUUCCUGAACAGUCUUCCUCCGCACAACAGAAUGGUAGUGUUUCAGAUAUAUCUCCAGUUCAAGCUGCAAAAAAGGAAUUUGGACCCCCUUCACGUAGAAAAUCUAAUUGUGUGAAAGAAGUAGAAAAACUGCAAGAAAAACGAGAGAAAAGGAGAUUGCAACAGCAAGAACUUAGAGAAAAAAGAGCCCAGGACGUUGAUGCUACAAACCCAAAUUAUGAAAUUAUGUGUAUGAUCAGAGACUUUAGAGGAAGUUUGGAUUAUAGACCAUUAACAACAGCAGAUCCUAUUGAUGAACAUAGGAUAUGUGUGUGUGUAAGAAAACGACCACUCAAUAAAAAAGAAACUCAAAUGAAAGAUCUUGAUGUAAUCACAAUUCCUAGUAAAGAUGUUGUGAUGGUACAUGAACCAAAACAAAAAGUAGAUUUAACAAGGUACCUAGAAAACCAAACAUUUCGUUUUGAUUAUGCCUUUGAUGACUCAGCUCCUAAUGAAAUGGUUUACAGGUUUACUGCUAGACCACUAGUGGAAACUAUAUUUGAAAGGGGAAUGGCUACAUGCUUUGCUUAUGGGCAGACUGGAAGUGGAAAAACUCAUACUAUGGGUGGUGACUUUUCAGGAAAGAACCAAGAUUGUUCUAAAGGAAUUUAUGCAUUAGCAGCUCGAGAUGUCUUUUUAAUGCUAAAGAAGCCAAACUAUAAGAAGCUAGAACUUCAAGUAUAUGCAACCUUCUUUGAAAUUUAUAGUGGAAAGGUGUUUGACUUGCUAAACAGGAAAACAAAAUUAAGAGUUCUAGAAGAUGGAAAACAGCAGGUUCAAGUGGUGGGAUUACAGGAACGGGAGGUCAAAUGUGUUGAAGAUGUACUGAAACUCAUUGACAUAGGCAACAGUUGCAGAACAUCCGGUCAAACAUCUGCAAAUGCACAUUCAUCUCGGAGCCAUGCAGUGUUUCAGAUUAUUCUUAGAAGGAAAGGAAAACUACAUGGCAAAUUUUCUCUCAUUGAUUUGGCUGGAAAUGAAAGAGGAGCUGAUACUUCCAGUGCGGACAGGCAAACUAGGCUUGAAGGUGCUGAAAUUAAUAAAAGCCUUUUAGCACUCAAGGAGUGCAUCAGAGCCUUAGGUAGAAAUAAACCUCAUACUCCUUUCCGUGCAAGUAAACUCACUCAGGUGUUAAGAGAUUCUUUCAUAGGUGAAAACUCUCGUACCUGCAUGAUUGCCACAAUCUCUCCAGGAAUGGCAUCCUGUGAAAAUACUCUUAAUACAUUAAGAUAUGCAAAUAGAGUAAAGGAGUUUGGAAUUAGUCCAUCAGACAUUCCCUUCUCACAGGGUAGUGGCAGUCGCCCUGAUCUCUCUCCUUCUUAUGAAUAUGACGACUUUUCUCCUUCAGUUACCAGGGUCAAAGAAUUGACUGUAGAUCCAACUGCUGCUGGUGAUGUUCGUCCAAUAAUGCACCAUCCACCAAACCAGAUUGAUGACUUAGAGACACAGUGGGGUGUGGGGAGUUCCCCUCAGAGAGACGAUCUAAAACUUCUUUGUGAACAAAAUGAAGAAGAAGUCUCUCCACAGUUGUUUACUUUCCACGAAGCUGUUUCACAAAUGGUAGAAAUGGAAGAACAAGUUGUAGAAGAUCACAGGGCAGUGUUCCAGGAAUCUAUUCGGUGGUUAGAAGAUGAAAAGGCUCUCUUAGAGAUGACUGAAGAAGUAGACUAUGAUGUUGAUUCAUACGCAACACAACUUGAAGCUAUUCUUGAGCAAAAAAUAGACAUUUUAACUGAACUGCGGGAUAAAGUGAAAUCUUUCCGUGCAGCUCUACAAGAGGAGGAACAAGCCAGCAAGCAAAUCAACCCGAAGAGACCCCGUGCCCUUUAAACCGGCAUUUGCUGCUAAAGGAUCCCCAGAACCUUCACUACUGUAACAUACAACGGUUCAGCUGUAAGGGCCAUUUGAAAGUUUGGAAUUUUAAGUGUCUGUGGAAAAUGUUUUGUCCUUCACCUGAAUUACAUUUCAAUUUUGUGAAACACUCUUUUGUCUACAAAAUGCUUCUAGUCCAGAAGGCACAACCAAGAAUUGGGAUUAAUGAAGCAUUUUGUUUCAUUUACGCAAAUAGUGAUUUACUUUUGGAGAUCCUUGUCAGUUUUAUUUUCUAUUUGAUGAAGUAAGACUGUGGACUCAAUCCAGAGCCAGAUAGUAGGGGGAAGCCACAGCAUUUCCUUUUAACUCAGUUCAAUUUUUGUAGUGUGACCGAGCAGUUUUAAAUCCUUUGCGUGCAUGCAUACCUCAUCAGUGAUUGUACAUACCUUGCCCACUCCUAGAGACAGCUGUGCUCACCUUUUCCUGCUUUGUGCCUUGAUUAAGGCUACUGACCCUAAAUUUCUGAAGCACAGCCAAGAAAAAUUACAUUCCUUGUCAUUGUAAAUUACCUUUGUGUGUACAUUUUUACUGUAUUUGAGACAUUUUUUGUGUGUGACUAGUUAAUUUUGCAGGAUGUGCCAUAUCAUUGAACGGAACUAAAGUCUGUGACAGUGGAUAUAGCUGCUGGACCAUUCCAUCUUAUAUGUAAAGAAAUCUGGAAUUAUGAUUUUAAAACCAUAUAACAUGUGAUUAUAACUUUUCUUAGCAUUUUCUUUGUAAAGAACUAAAAUAUAAACUAGUUGGUGUAUAAUAAAAAGUAAUGAAAUUCUGAGAAGAGUUUUAUCUUAGGAAAAUACAUAUAUAUGCAGUGUGUGUGCCAGUGUGGUAUUAACAAGACUACUAGUGCAAUUUGAUCCUUACCAAUAUCAUUACUUAAUUUGAAGUGUUCAUUAGCACCCCAAAAUAUACCUUUUCUAUGUACUGUUAAAGGAAAUUGGCUUCUGAUGCAUGAACAUUUACAUGUACAUUGAAAGUAGUCCAUAAUAGAAGUUAGUUUAAGCCAAGUGUAGACAGUACAUUACUCCCUUGAAAAAGAAUUAAGCUGAAAGAGUUGACUUUGCCUUAAAAGGCAGAUCUAACCCAAGCUCCAUCCAGUACCAAAUGUGAAACUUCAUUGUUAUUUGGUGAGAAUCGCCAAAUUCUCACUAAUACAUUGGUGUAGGGCAUGCUACUUUUUAAACAGCAGCACUUAUUUUUACAGAUUGCUACUCCAAGGAAGAAAACUGGCCACUUUUCAUGUAAAUAUUUUGUUCAAAGAUUUGUAUAUCUCUCUAGGAGUUUUCCCUCAGUUCCCAGGAUGGGGUCCAGGAGUAGAUUAACAGCUAAAAAUCUCCCAAGGAUAUCUUGUUUUGAUUUAUUUCCUCCAGGGAACUAUCAUCAGCUCCUUCACAGGAGCCAGAGGGGAGCUAUGAAUAGAGAGUCACAUGAGCCAGAUUCUUUUCUUUACUGUUCAUAAAACCUAGAGAGUAGUUGUGAAAGAUCCUAAUACAAUUGUGAAAAGCUCUGUAAACAUGAAAUCUAAAACAAAUGUAGAUUUUCACAAUAUGCUUAUUAAUAAAUGAAGUCUAUGGAAUAAGUUUUAGAGAUAAUUUACUUCAGUCACCUUUGUUUUGGAAAGGACUCAGGUUUUCUUGCAGCUGUAAGAUGUAUUCUAUUUGUGUUUAUUUCAAAGGGAAGAGGAAGGAUAGAGAACUGUUACAAUUGACCUUGCAGAGGAUAUUUAAAAAAGGUAGUUUUUGAGAUUAACUAACUUUCAAAGGGCAAUAAAGACAUGUGAAUUUGCUCAUUUUAAAGCACAACAGAUUAGCUUCAAAUUUAUUAUUUGCAUAGGAUGGGUACUGUCUUUGGAAAGUCUCCUUAUAGACAAAUACGCUGCCUUACACUAUGAUGGCUUCAUUCUGAUCAGGUAUUUUAAAAAUUAGUACCAGAAAAGAUAUUGGAGGUAGUAUAAUACAGUCCUUCAGCUUUACAGAUAGUGAAAACUGAAGGCCAGAAAAGGAACUAAAACUCAGCAGUUCAUAGGGGUAGAGGGAAAUAACCUGAGAAAGCCGAGUUAAAUCUUAAAAUUUUUACUAUAAGGAUAGAGAUGAUACAAGUGAACUUUGCAAAAUAGUUUUGUGAAUUAAACAAAAAAAAAAUAUCUACUCUUAUGUAUAUUUCAUAUAUUUGUUGAACAAAAGCAGCUUGAUGGUUUUGUUCUGGAUUAUACAAUAAGAACAAGCAUUAUUUUAAUUAUGUAGUAACAUUUACUAUAUGACUUUGAAGGCAGAUUUCAAAAUCUGGCUUUGUUAAAUUAAUUGGACCACUCCUUCUAUUAAGUUAGUUAGGUAUUAAAAAAAAGCCAAAUGUCAAUAAAGAUAUUUUUAUUAAUUUUUUAUAGAAACAAAAUAGCUACUAUAACUCUGUUAUAGUAUAUUAACAGCACUUAGUAGUAUAUUGAUUUAAACGUAGUAGCUAAUAAAACUUGUUUAUGACAUCUAUUGAAAUUCUCAAUCUGACAGUUUUAAAAUAGCUUAAAACUAAGCACCAGGUAUAUGAAAAAAGUACUGGAAAUUUUAAUUGUCCAGAAAUCAUAGGAAUACUGGGAACCUGUAGUUAUGGGAAAUGGCUGUUUUUCUGAAGUUGAAACCGGUUUCAAUUACAAAACCCUCUGAAAUUUUGCUAAGCCUAUAGUUAUCUCCCUAAGAACCAUAAAAAAAGAUAAUUUUAUUGUUAAUUUCAUUCCAGUUUAGCUUCCUCAUUUUACAUGUAGGGAGUCAUGCCCUUUAAUAUGCCUGGCACUGCACGGUGGCAGUAGCAGACUUGGGCUUACCCAGAACCCUAAGUCUCUGAUGCUAUAGGACAGCGAAAGAGGUAGGCAAUCAUACUGUAUAGGAUAAAUAGGGAAGAGAAUGAGAGAACCAAAAUAAAAAUAAUUUAAGAAACAAUUGUUUUACUGUACAUGUGAAUAACAAGAAAUGGUACGGGGAAUGUGAAUAACACGAAAUGGUAUGGGGAAUGUGUGACUAGUGAAGCAUAUUUUAACUUUUUUAUUACUGGAGGAACAGAGCUAAAGGCCUAAAGAAGGCCUCACAGUAUAUAACAGUAAAUAGAAGAGUAACAUCUUUAUACAAUAAACUGUUAGAAAUGA